GGGGACUCUUGUCGUUCCUUACGCGUCCACGCUGAAUGCAACACUUCCCGUACGGAUAUCGACCGAGACAAUUUGACCAUGCACGAGGGACGGUGGCAGAUAUGGAUAAUACGAUAUCGGAGCAAUUGUUGCCAUGAUGAAGGCAGUUGAAUCGGCUUUCAUCGAAGUGGGGUGAAGAAGAGUAGGUGGGGGGUUUGAAGCUCAUGUUUGGCUAAGUCGAGAAUAGUUCUCUUCAGUAUUUCUGCGUCCUCCGCUCCCAAAGACUUCAUUUUACUCAUUCUCUGUUCCUCAUUCUCUGUUCCUCAUUCUCUGUUCCUCAUUCUCUGUUCCUCAUUCUCAUUACCAUUGCAAAUACCACAAUAUACCAACAUCCCACCCAUACAUCAGCCAUGCCAGUACCGUCAUUCGAGCGUCUCGUACGAUUUGUACCCAAAUCUUCCGAGGAGAUACUCAUUGGCCAACCAGUAGACUCAGAGCUCGAUGUGGGAGCUGCAAUCAUUGCCGGAAAGGACGUGAAAGUUGAUGUAUACAGCGGAUCAUCAGUCUUAGAGCCAGGAACGUCAACUGGAACCAUUAAAGAAAUUGGAAAGCUUUUAUCUCCUCUCGCAGAGUCUGAAGUUGGCACAAUAAGAUGUAUUGGAUUGAAUUAUGUUCAACAUGCGCACGAAGUUAAAAUGGCCAUCCCUGAUCUGCCAACCGUUUUUAUGAAACCUUCGACCUCUCUCGCAGAUCCAUAUCCAUCCCCUACAGUUAUUCCAAAGUUUGCGCUGAAAGAUGAUUGCUGCGAUUACGAAUCCGAAUUGGUAAUUGUGAUUGGAGAGAAGUGCAAGGACGUCAGCGAGGCAGACGCAUUGAAUUAUGUUUUGGGAUAUACAGCAGCAAAUGAUGUCAGCAGUCGUGCAAGUCAAUUUUCGCAAAGUCAAUGGUGUUUCAGCAAAAGUUUUGACGGUGCUUGCCCAAUUGGUCCAGUUUUGGCAUCCACGAAACUCAUUCCAGACCCAUCGAAACUUCGAGUUAGAGGUCUAAAGAACGGAAAGGUUAUGCAAGAUUGCGGAACAGAUGAUUUGAUUUUCCCCGUUGCGAAAAUUGUUUCUUUCCUCUCUCAAGGCACUACAAUCUUGCCAGGUACAAUAAUCUUGACCGGUACUCCAGCGGGUGUUGGUAAUAGCUUUACACCAAAGGAAUAUCUGAGGGAAGGAGAUUCAUUCUCGGUUGAGAUUCUACCACAUAUUGGAACUAUGAUGACAAAGUUUGAAUAUCAAAAGUAAAUCUUGGAUUUGAUGAGCCUAGGCGAUAUAUCAAUCAAUAUAUGGCAGCAUUUAUCCAGCAUUCCACAAAUGUCCAUUUUGCGUUUUAAGUGAACGUGAUAUAUUCACUCA